AUGCCAUCCUCGAGUGAAGAGGAACUUGACGAGCUGCUAAGACGUCAAGUUAUCUGUCAACCUAGGAAUUUUCAAAACAGACGGCUUUUUGAAAUCGAAAAUCCAAGGGAAUUUCGAGAGAAGUUUCUUCUGCCUGUGGACGCCUUCGUCCACCUUUUGGAAUUAAUAGGCCCGCGCUUGGAGUAUAGAACGAGACGUAGCAGAGCACUAACGGCAAGACAGCAACUUUUAGUAUUUCUCCAUUUCCUUGGAACAAAUUCCUUCUAUCACAUAAUGCACUCUUGUCGUGGGAUCUCCACAUCAACAGUAUGGCACAUCAUUCAUCGCGUUGUUCCUGCAAUACUAAGCUUGAAGCGGGAGUUCAUACGAUGGCCUGCUGGUCAGCCUCUAAGUAUUGCCGCUAAAUUCAGAGACAUCGCAGGCUUUCCGUGUGUCGCAGGAUUUGUUGAUGGAACUCACGUUCAAGUAAACCCACCUCGCAAUGAUGAAGACCCCUACGUCAACUGCCAUCAUUUCAAAUCUCUGAAUGUCGCCAUGGGGAAUAGACCAUUCCCAGGAGCAGUUAUUUUAGGCGACUCUGCCUACGCCUGUAACAGUUGGUUGAUCCCCCCAUUCAGAGGAGACGUAGAAGGGGCUCGCUGCAGGUUUAAUGAGGCACAUAAGAAAACACGAUGCACUAUCGAGAGGGCAUUUGGCAUUCUCAAGAAAAGGUUUUACGCUCUCCAGACGGGUAUGAGAGUGAAAAACAUGACAAGAGAGGCCGGGCUUGUCCAGUGUGCUGUUAUAUUGCACAACCUCUGCAUUCUAUUUAGCGAUAAUGGCGAUGAUAUGCUGGACGAUGCAGAUCUUGACAACGUCCACGAUGAGUUGGAUAUCGGUCCUGGAGAGGAACAAUAG